AUUUUAAAGUCUAUCAAUACAGUGAACUGUGAAAAACACCCGUAAAGUAAAAAAAUAAAAUAAAAUAAAAUCCUAUAAGAAACAUAAACAGAAAUAUUGUGCGUACAAUUUCACAAAUAUCUGAGUUUAAAAUUAGUCCCUUUACUGAAUUAAAUUCCUGUUUAAAUGUAAUUUGUAAUUUGUUUUUGCUGUAUUUCAACACCUUCCACCCCAAAGACGGCGACGUUUCCUCAUUCCAGGAAAAGUCUGUUUCCUUUGUGUGACUUUAUCCUGUCUGACCUUCAGUAUCUGUGAUGCUUAGCAGACAAAGAGGGAAGGAGUGGGAGUCUCUUCAAGCAUAAAACCUUUUGUUUCUAACAACAUCCAGUCUGUGCAUAGAGGCACUGAUUCAGUCAACAUGUUAUCGUCUGUCCUGCUGCUGCUGCUUCUGAUCAGCGGGUCACAGGCUGAUUAUUAUGGCUUUGUGUACAGCUACUCAGCUAAAGACCUCCAAGUAGGCGGAUUCCCGACCGUGGCUCGCUACCUGUACAGCUUCAGCACAUGUGCAGAGGUUGAUGCACAGGUUUGUGGAAACGGCUGCAAUUUUUCAGAGAUAACCUUGAACAAAAUCCAGGAAAUCAGCGGCGAAUGGUGUCAGAAGGAAAGACUGGUUACCAGUGUGAAUAAUGGGAGCCAGCUGAGUCAGUUUGGGUUUUCUGGUGGAAACUGGACAGACAACAGGAAUGGGAUUGCUUCGUUCAGAGUCCAAAUGCAGAAUGAGGGAGGAAUCCGCUCCGAUACCGGCAAACCCAACACAUCUCCACUGACCACGGUCCUUCCUGUUCUGAGAGUUCCUUCUAAUUGUCAGAGAAACAUCAGUUUGUUGGCAUUUGACCCGGAUGGAGAUGAAAUAAGAUGCAGAGAUGCACAAAAUGCAUCCGAGUGUGAUGUCUGCACACCUGCACCUGUCAUCGACCUCUCAUCCUCGUGUGCUCUGACAUUCAGCCCCACCAGCAGCAGUAAUGAAGGUUCGUACGCCGUGCAGCUCAUGAUGGAGGACGUUGCCGGACAGACGAUCACCUUGACUCAAGCAAAUGGUGGAAUGUCACAGAGGUACACAGGAGACGUCCUCAACAAGAUACCUGUCCAGUUUGUUUUUAAAGUUGAUCCUGUUGCACCGUCCUGCACUGAAGGCGUCUAUCUGCCCAGAUUCCUGCCUCCAACUCCAGACAAUGGGGCAAAAAUCAGCACCACCGUCAAUCAGACCCUGGAAAUCACUGUCAGGGCCGAAGCAACGCAGUCUGAGAUCACUGACCUUCUGUUCAGCGGCCCGUACAAUGUGAUCAGGAGCGAAUCAGGGUCAGGAACCUUCACCCUGACAUGGACGCCAUCAGACUUUGAAGGAGGACUGAGCCAUCCCAUCUGCUUUGUUGUCCAGGCAAACUUCUCCAGCUCCGUGUUAACCUCUGACCUUCGCUGCGUCGUUGUGACGGUUGCAAAAAACUCGGCUGCAGCUGUAACUACAACCGGACCCACUACCAGUACACCAACAGCUGCAGUGGGCAUAACAACAACCCGACCACCAACGACCAGCACUACAUCCAUCAGUACCGCUGCAAACCAAACAACACCUGAACCCGGACCAUAUUAUGUUAUUGCCCUGAAUGCAAAGAUCUCAGCCACCGUGUCACUGAUAAAUGAUAAGGAGGCCCUCGCCCAGCUGAUUAAGGAAGAACUGAUUAGCUACGGGCUGCCACAAACCAUCAGCAUUAGCAUCCUGAGCAGCAGUUCAUUGGAAGUAAAAAAUGCCUCAUAGUGGCGACUUCUUGCAGGAAAAUGGUUUUAGUAACUCGUUGAUUCAGGAUUUUAUUUUUCACACUCUGUAAUCAACCACAUUUAUGAAGCUUUCUGCAUGAUGAUAAACAUCAAAAUAUUCGAUUUCAUGUUGAUUUUACAUGGCUUAGCUGGGAAUGAAUGUUAGACUGAAGAUGUGACAUACAAUAAAAUUAUUUUGAAUACAAAAA